AUGAGUAGGAAACCCAGCAGAACCAGGAUGCAGAAGCCUGGCAGUGGCUGCCAGGAACAGGCCAUCUUCCCACCCCGGGGAAGGGAAGAAGAAGCGUGCAACCUAGCACAGCCUCUUCAACCUUUUCUUCCUCCACCCAAAAGAAGGAGGGAGGAACACAGUCCCUUAGUUCUAAGUUUGGAGGCUCCCAUUGUUCCCAGUUCUUCAGGAGCCCUCCUUCAGUCUCUCUCCUCACAAAUGAUGGGAGUGAAGACUCAAGGGCAGGUUACACAGUGUCACCAAGCACUCAUUCAGUGUCACCAAAUGUCUCCAAGGUUUCUGUUAGUGCCACCAAACACUUUACAGCACCUUUGUUCUCAUUCAGGGGAAAAAGAACAAUUAAAGAAUGCAUUCCUGCAUCCAAGCAAGUUGCUGAGGGCAGAAUGCUCCCCAAAAAUAAAAAACACAAAAAAAAUCGAUCUGAAAAGGGAACCCCGCCUGGAUCCGCUGUCCCCAGAAGGGGGAGCUCAUGCUCCUCUGGCGGAGAGCUCUCGCCGUCGCGGAGUGGUGACGUCACUCGAGGGCGACGACAUGGGACCUCUGGCUUCUCGGAUGGAGAGGUGGCGCGCAUGCGCAGUUCACUCUUGGGUGUUGUCAACGGUUGCCAAGGGUUACAGACUGCAGUUUGCUAUGAAACCACCCAAAUUCAAUGGUGUGUUAGCUUCGGUUGCAAACGGAGCAUCGACUCAUGUUCUGGAAGAAGAGAUUGUGUCGUUAUUAAACAAACACACAAUCAGAGUGGUUCCGAGCGAGGAAAUACAUCAGGGCUUUUAUUCCCGGUACUUCCUCAUUCCAAAGAAGCGAGGCUCAUCCCUGCGGCCAAUUCUGGACCUCCGUGUAUUGAACAAACACUUAAGAAAAUACACGUUCAGAAUGCUAACACACAAAGUGCUCUGUCGCUCGAUUCGUCCAAACGACUGGUUUGUGACGAUCGAUUUAGCAGACGCGUAUUUUCAUAUUUAUCCAGCACACAGGAAAUUCCUCAGGUUCGCCUAUCAAGGGGCAGCCUACGAGUUUCAGACAAUCCCUUUCGGCCUUUUGUUAGCUCCGAGGGUAUUCAGCAAGUGUGUAGAAGCAGCGCUGUUUCCUCUGAGGAACAACGGCAUCAGGAUAUUUUCAUACAUGGACGACUAUCUCAUUUGCUCUCACUCUCGGGAACAGGUGAUCAAAGUUUUCGUGACGGUGCUGAAUCACCUCAAAGACCUCGGUUUCAGAAUAAACGAAGCAAAGAGUCGCCUGGAGCCGGCACAAUGCACAGAGUAUUUAGGGCUCAGUAUAAACUCCCUCUCGUAUCGCGUCAGGCUAUCGGACGCGAGGGUGACGGCAUUCAGUCAGUGUCUUGCGCUUUUUCAGCUGGGGAAAGCAGUGAGUUUCAGACUAUGCCUUCGGCUUCUCGGACUCAUGGCGUCCGUGAUAUUUGUGGUGCGGCUGGGGCUGCUUAUGAUGAGGGAUCUUCAGCGAUGGGUGGCAUCUCUGCAUCUGAGCUCUCAGCGUCAUCUGCACCGCAGAGUGAGGAUAACGGCGCAGUGCAUUACGGCACUCCGGCCGUGGAGAGACCCGACGAUAUUAACGUCUGGCGUACCUCUGGGGGCGGUGUCGUCAAGGGUAACCAUGACGACGGACGCUUCUCUUUCAGGGGGAGCGGACCUAUUGUCCAGGGGGAACCCGCUGUAUGGAGAGUGGAGGCUCCACCCACAUGUGGUAGCACAGAUUUGGCAGAGAUACGGCCAGGCAGACGUAGAUCUCUUCGCCUCUCAAGAAAACACUCACUGCCCACUGUUCUUCUCUCUGUCAGAUGUGAGCGCACCUCUGGGCGUCGACGCUCUGGCCCACCAGUGGCCAGAUGUUCUGCUGUAUGCCUUUCCGCCUCUCAGCCUGAUUUCUCCGACUCUGGCCAGAGUGCGGGAGCAGGGGCUGACACUGAUUUUGGUGGCUCCUCGGUGGCCGUCCAAACACUGGAUAGCAGCGAUAAUACAGCUUCUGGCAGACGAACCAUGGCCACUCCCCAUACGCAGGGAUCUUCUCUCCCAGGCUCGGGGCGAGAUUUAUCACCCUCACCCGGACCGACUAUUCAGAAUGCUAGGGCUUCCUCCACCCGCUCCCUUUACAGUGGAAUUGUUGGAUAAAGGAAAGGCUUUCUCCACAAUUAAGGUUUAUUUGGCAGCAAUUUCAGCUUGUCAUGUGGGUUUCGGGGAUAAGUCGGCGGGGCAGCACCCUUUGGUGUGCCGCUUCAUGAAGGGGGCCCACCGCAAGCUCCCAGUGUCUAGGCCACUGGUGCCAUUGUGGGAUUUGUUGCUGGUGCUGGACGCCCUUUCUAACCACCCUUUCGAGCCCAUUGUGGCAUUAGCCCCUGGGCGGGCUAAGGCGCACUUACAACCUAAUCCAGCAUUCGUGCCUAAGGUGAUGGGGCAUUCUUACAGAUGUCCGUCUGUGGAGCUGUUGGCUUUUCACCCUCCACCGUUUUCUUCGGAGGAGGACAAGCGGCUUCAUACCCUGUGCCCUGUGCGAGCUCUGUGGAGACUGUCACACUGGAUAGUGGAGGCCAUUUCUGUUGCUUACAGAUGUAAGGGCUCCCAGCCUCCUCUGGGGGUGAGAGCCCACUCUACUAGAAGCAUGGCUUCAUCGUGGGCCCUGUUCAGAGGAGUGCCAGUUCGGGACACUUGCACAGCAGCAAGUUGGGCAACACCUCACGCGUUUGUGCGUUUUUAUAGGCUCAAUGUUGUUCGUCAGUCACUGUCUCACACUGUGCUGGAGGCAGGUGUUGCUGAUCUAGGGUAA